AUUCGAUCUGGGAUUUGAUCAGGUGACCAUAAAGAUCUUGCGACCUUUUCCAAGACUUUGUGAUAUGUUUUUGCACGUCCUUUGGUAGUAUUCUUCAUUUGUAUUUAUAUAUUUUUAACAAAAAGACAUUUCGAUUGUAAUAUUAUAGUAUUCGAAAUAUCCAGUAAUUAUUUUUUUGUGGUUGAAAUCAAUAAAUAAUGAACAGUGUAAAAUUAGAUUACUACGUAAUCCUUCAAACGUUCCUAUAGUAUGAAUAUUGCGCGCGCCGCACACUUGUAAACAACGUGAAAUCAACCAAAUGCAAUGCAAAUGCAAAAUGUUAGAAGGAAAUUAGACUCAAUUGUCUUUAGCCUCUGAUACUAUCUAGAUUUAUCUAGGUUCUAUGUAGACCUAAAACGAAAUCGAAGACGAGUUUACAGCUUAUCUUUAGAACAUGGCGUCGAAUCAUGACUGCAAAUAUGGGACAAAAUGCUACAGGAAGAGUGAGGAACAUCUCAAGAAAUUUAAUCAUCCAGGAAGGAAAACAAAUGCAAAUGACACGAAUGAAGAUGAUGAAUCGGAUCAGGAUUUGGCAAGUCAACCCUCCAAACGUCAAAAGUUGACAGGUUCUGAAAAGCAGGAUCAGGAUCAAAAUUCUAGCGAAACUGAAGUACAAGAUCUCGAAACUGAAGAAAUUCAAGAAGAUUUACAAGAAACAUGUCCUCUUGAAAAUGAAGAUGCUGAUGAAAUACCUAGUACUCCUCCAAAUAUUGACAUCAAAGAGGAACUGAGGUUAAAGUUCAAAGUUGAGAUGCCACCAGAUUUCUUUGAUUUCUGGGAUUACUGUAAGAGCAUCAAUAAUGCUAAACCUUCUGAGGCAUUGAAGGAAGACGUUGGCUUGGUUCUUGGUGGUCCGUAUGAUGUCAUGGCUGGCAGGCUGAAAUGUGUCAAAGGUCAAAGACCCAAUUAUUUAUUACACCAUAGAUUCUUCUAUGAUCCACCCGAGUUUCAGACAGUCUUGGUCGGUGAUGAGAAGAAACAACACCACAUUGGAUACUAUAGAGAUGAACCUCAGAAAGCUCCUGUUUUUAUGGCUUCGAACUCGGCAAAGGAAAACAGUACCAUCACACCUCAGGGAGAAAAUAUUUUUGCUGCUGUGAAGUUACACAUCGAUAAGCUCACCAAACAGACCAAAGAGAAGAAGAAGUUAGGAGACCUGAAGAAAGUAGACAAAUCCUUGACGGACUGGGCCAAGAAAUGCAAGCACUCUCUCGAAGCUCGGACGAAGAGGAUGAAAGAUCGCGACAAGAAAGUGGUCACCAAGACAUUCCACAAGGCAGGCAUCGUUGUACCUUUAGACAGUACAGGGGUUGGUUACAGAGAGCUUCCAGAAACGGAUGGUGACUUGAAGAAGAUCCUCAAGAAGAUUGUUGAAAGUGAGACCGAGGCAGAGAAAGCGCGAUACUCAGACGCCCUCCAGGAGAUCAUCACCCUGGUCCAGUUUGCCAACGACGAAUGCGACUACGGCCAGGGGUACGAGCUCGGCCUGGACCUCUUCUGCUACGGACACGAACGCUUCCAUUCCAUGAUCGGGAUGCUGCUGUCCGUCGCCUACCAACUCCUCGGGAGGGAAGUCUUUGGCGAAAUCUUAGAUGCUCACUUGAAAGAGCGGAAGAAAGAUCAGGUCAGUCAGAUCUCAUAGCCCUAGGUGUUCUUUCUACGGCCAUGUUGAAUGGUGUCAGAGGUGACUGAUUGCUCUGGAGAUGUGAUGCCUUGUCUUUUAUUUUCCUUCAUUUUGUUUAGAUGAGAAAUAAAGGCUUGUUAAGCUAGUGUCAAUGUGCAUAAUGGAUGGGAGGAGUGGUGGUUAGUUGUUGUUUCCAGGCCUUGUAUUUUUUUAAAGUGUUGGACCGAUAUGUGAGGUAUCGAGAAAAUGUAAUCAAAUAAGUUUGACUGCUUGUAUGCAACUUGCCUUGCAUAGGAUAUGGAGUGAAAGUCAUAUAGUGUUGAAUUCUAAGCCAUUCAAAAAUAAAAAAAUGUCUGCACAAACAUUGUGUUCUAAGGCCGCGUUUAUGCGACCUCAUAAGCGAGAAUCAGGAAAAUGAAUCACGAGUCAAAAUACAAACAUAUAUCACGGUAGCUGCAAAAUUAGGGUUUGACAUGCAGUCUUGAAAAGUGAAGCACAGCAGCUAGUAUGUAUUCCAACUGUGAAACAGAACUUUCAUAAACUUGUCCAUUGAUAAGUUGACAGUGUAGGAGUGUUAUGAACUAUGCCUAUAAAGGAACAGGGUAUACCCCAGCCAACAUAGUGUUUAUGCUGAUCUUGUAGAUGAGCACAUUAUAUUUUUAUCAUGCAAGGGCACAGUAAUUGCCGUCUGACUCUCAAAUGAUUUAUAUGAAUUAUAGUAAUUUUCUUCCAUGACAAAUUCAUAUCUUUUUUAUUGUUUUUAUCCCUUCAACCAGUAGUGGCAAUUAAAGUGGGAUAUAUUGAUCUUUAACUUUUUAUAUGUUUGGUACAAUAUCCUUCAUUAAACCUCUCUUAAGGUUUUGUAAAUCCUCCCCAACAAAGUAUGCCACAGUUCCAGUUCGUUAUUGCAUUGUCUGAAUGUUUGUUUGAAAAAGAAAUUGAUAUAAAUAAUAUGAAAUAUAAACAUGCUUUAGUGAUGUGUUUUGCAAUUUUACCUGACAAAUUAUUUUGGUCUGGAUUCUCAGCCAUCAAUAAUAUGAACUGCAUAGUUUUUGUCUUCAUUUUCUUGUCCAAAGUUGUUGAUGUUUUAGAAAUUUUUCCUUUUAAAGGAAGCCAUCAUAAUGCAAUAUUUGUCACCUCAAGAGGGCGCUUUUCAAUCUCAAAGUCACAUCACUGUCAACUGUAUGGAGAUUGCUUGUACCGUUUGCUUUUCCAUGAAAUAUGCAACCUUUUUGUGCGUCCGACCGCCAUUUUUCUAAAAUCUUACUUCACUUCAUAAACUGACCAAAUCAUGGUCAUUUGAGAGCAUUACAGACUGUCAUGAGAACGAGAAAUAAGGGACAGAUAAUUUCAUGAAGGUCCCACAUACAUGGGGUCGACAUACAUAUUUUAUGGAAUUGCCCAUGUUUGCUUAAAAAAGGUAUGCAAUGAUUGGCGAUGUUUUCUUUGGAGGCAUCAGAGACUUUUAUGAAUUUGAGCAAGAAAAAAAUGAAGAAAUUUGACAACUAAUCCCACAUCUAUAGAUUGAUUCAUUGUUUGUUUAAGGUUUAAAUUUUAAUUUCAUAUUAUGAGAAAGCAAAAAAAAAAAGUAUACCAAACAGACAAAUCAAAGGUUUUAAAAACCAAUACAAGUUUGGAAAGAAACUAGAUUGCGUUCACAUUUGAUGUACAUGUAUUCCAGCUUUCCAAAAUAGCUUAUACAGGCUUUAGGUACACAAUAGAUGAGAUUAUUAGGAAUAAAACUGUCCCACUAAAAAAAAAAUCAAGAAAAAAAGUGUGUAGUUUAUAUACCUUGGCACUUCAUAUUCUGGUUGUGCUUAAUUUUAAAAUGCAUGACUCUACAACAGCAUUAUGAAACACUUCUAUACACAACAAAAAAAGUAAGUCCCCCUAAAUCAAAUUGCUGUAACUUUUGAACGGAAUUAUUUUGAGAUAUGAUUUUUCGUAGGUGGUUUUCUACACUCAUUAAGCAACUCCUGGGGGAAAAUGAGAUUGAUCGGUUGAGUAAUGCAUGAGUAAUUAAAGAUUGAAUUAAAAUGACCAUUUUUUAAAGUCACAAGAGUCGUUCUUCAGUUUGUGCAAAUACAAAAUUGGGCAAAAGUUGUUUUUAGGUGAAUUUUAUAGUGUUAUGCUGUUUUACUAUCCAUCAUUAAGCCACUCCACACACAAUUUUGAUAUCGUAUGUUCAUGGUUGACUGAGCACAAUGUAUUGCAGGGGCUGCGGAAGCGGGGGAGGGGGUGGCUUCAGCCCCCCCCCACUUUUUUCCAAAAGCAUGUAGUAUUGUACAAAGAUGUAAAAAUGACCAUACGAUUGUGAUAUUUUGCAUAGUCAGCCCCCCCCCCCACUUUUGGCUCAGUCCCCCCCCCCCCCACUUAAAAAAACGUUCCGCGGCCCCUGUAUUGUGACGUAUCAUCAUAGGGGUUUAUGGUAGUAUCCUCUACAACUUAAUGUUAAAAUUUGAAAAUGUUGGUGGCUCCCCCGAUUAUAGGCCCCUCCCCCAUUUUAAAUUUCUGGAUCCACUACUGAUUUGUCCAUAAAUUAAACUGAUCAUGAGAAAUUGUUAGGAAAAUAAUACAUUUAUGCAGUAUAAAGAGUAUUCAUUCCUAUGUUUUCGAAUGUGCUCGCUCAACCAUGAAAAUGUUUAAAGUUCGGAAAGUGUGUGGUGAUAGAAAUGAUGGAUGAUAAAAACAACAGCAAUUUAAGUCACAUUUGAAACCAAAUUUGCCCCCAAUAUUCACUUUAUUACCCUUUAAAGGUCAAGUCCACCCCAGAAAAAUGCUGGCUUGAAUAAAUAGAGAAAGAUCAAACUAGCAUAGUGCUGAAAAUUUCAUCAAAAUUUGAUGUAAAAUAAGGAAGUUAUGACAUUUUAAAUUUUCGCUUAUUUUUCACAAGACAGUGAUAUGCACAACUAGGUGAGUCAGUCGAUGAUGUCCAUUACUCACUAUUUCUUUUGUUUUUUAUUGUUUGAAUUAUACAAUAUUUCAUUUUUUAUAGAUUUGACAAUAAGAAUCAACUUGACUGAACCAUAUACAUGUAGUAUUAAACAAUGCUAAUUCCACAUGUUCAGGGAGGAAUUAAUCGUAUCAAUUGACAAUGAGGAGAAAAUUAGAAUAUUUCACAUAUAUAAUAAAAUACAAAAGAAAUAGUGAGUGGAUGAUGUCAUAGUCUCCUCAUUUGCAUACCAGCCAGGAUGUGCAUAUAACUGUUUUGUGAAAUUAAGCAAAACUUUAAAAUGUCAUGACUUUCUUAUUUUACAUCCGAUUUUGAUGAAAUUUUCAGUGUUAUGCUUGUUGGAUUUUUCUCUUUUUAUUCAAAUCAAUUUUUGUUUGGGUGGACUUGUCCUUUAAAAUGAGUCUGUGACAUUGAAAAUACAAAUUUUCCCACUUUGAUGCGUGCUCACUCAUCCAUAAAUAAACAAAUCAAUUUCAUUUUUGCACAGAAUUCUGCCCAUAAGGUUGAUAAACAUUACUGCCAAAUGACAUUGCUAAAGACAGCCUUGAAAACAAGUUCCACCAUAUUGAAUAAGGGGUUACUUAUUCUUAAACAUAUGCACCCAUAAUGUACACAAGUCUAUGAGAGAGGAAGUCAAAAUUUUAACAAAUAUGAAAUGAGGGUUUGUUUCAUGGACAGUUUUUGUUACUUCUGCCAACAGUUAUUUCAUGAAACUUCGCACAUGGCUUCAGAGCAACACUAUCCAAAAGGCGCGCACACCAAAACAACCAUUCAAUACGGCAAAGAGUGGGGCCAAGGCCUCGAACUUUCUUCUUAUUUGCAUAAUUUUCUAAUAUUGUGUGCUCACUGAUGCAUUAAACAUCGGGAUUUUCAUAAAAAUCAAAUCAAAUGAACUAUGCAAGGAGGUUUGUGACAGAUAUCCAUAGUUACAAAUUGCAUUUUUUCCAAUAAUGUAAAAAAGAGCUAAUCACAUUCCACAUGUUCAUUCAAGCACGAAUGUUUGAUUAAACGCCUUUGAAUCAUUGAAGCAUGUUAAUUGGUCAUGAACAUAACGAAAAAGUUGAGAAAAUAUCAUUUUCAGUUACCAAAAUGAAACAAUACUUGCCUAUAUUUGAAAAUCGUAUUUUUUGUUUUCAAUAAAUGUUCAUUGAACCGUGAAAUGAUGAAUAUUGUUAAAGAUACUCUUCCCAAAAAUAACUGUCAUCAUAUUCUAUCAUUUUUAAUGAUAGAAAUGUGUAAAAAAUCCAAUUAUAGCAAAUUUGGACUUGUUUUUAUUCAACCGUGAAAUUAAGCCAAAAAAGUUGUAUCGUCUUUUAGAAAGUACCUUUUACAAGCCUUCUGACUAUUUUUCAUGAGAAUGUGGAAUUAGUUCCAAUAAAAUGGAAUCAAAAUCAUGAUAUUUGGCUCGUGACUUUUGAAAAGUUACAUUUUUACCUUCUGAUGGUGCUCACUGAAGCAUGACGUAAUAUACGUCCAUAACGUUUACUCAGAGGGUAGCUUAUAAAAUUACCUACACGCUCAUGUAAAAAUAUAUUGAAAACUCGCAUUGGUUCGGAAAUUAUUGAUGUUUGUUUAAGGGGGGACUUACUUUUUUUGUUGUGUAUAGAUGGGACAAGUGUUUUUAUCUUUCUGGUUUUAAUAUAUAAAGAAAUAUACACUACAUUUGGGAUUUACGUUUACUGUCCAUAGUGCUGCACUGCUGCUGCUUGCCCCAUCUGGGAGCAAAUUAAACUCACAUCUCUCAGAGUGGAGUAUAUUUCUUUAUAAAAAACAGCUAGAUAAGAAAUUCAGACUGGUAUCAUACAUGUGAUAUUGACUGCUAGGCAUUAUAUAAUUGAAAAAUAUGUACCAAUUUGGAAGACUUUGUUUCUAUGUGCCCAAUGGGAUCGUAACUCUUGCUAGACCUAUGAUGCAUAUGUUAUAGAAAUAUUUCUUUAAUUACAAUAUUUUGAUAUCCAUAUGUUACAAGAGAAAUGACAUUGAAGGCUCGAGAUGAAUAAGGAAGCAGGUAUGAAUGCAAAAUGUUCUUUGUAAUUUUAAUUCAUCUAUGCAUGUUUUGAAAUUAUGAUUGCAUGUGAUUUUAUGUAAAAUGGACCAAAUAAAAUUUGGAGUAAUUUUGAUAGAA